AUGUCUUCGACGACGACGAGCACAGCGCCGGCACCUACCGCGCCGCCUGUCAUUCCCGCUCCGGCCGUGGACGUCGACGCUACCCCCGCCGAGUCGAGCACCGUCCCAGACUCUGCUGUUGAACCUUCGGCACCCAUGAGCAGCAUCACCUCGACGGACACGGCUGCCGAGGUCGCGAGCGACAACGUUCCUGCCACCGCAGUGGAGAGCAAGGUGGAGACUGUUGCGGAGGUGGUGCCGAGCACGACUGGUGAAGCGAAGGCGGUCAAGGCGGAAGUCAAGGACGUUGGCGCCAAGGCUACGACGAGUACGAUUGUGGCCGAUGAAAAGGCGGCCGCUGGGUCGUCCUCGUCGACCGCGACCCCUCGCGCGGCCAAGCCUGCUAGCAAGAAGAGGCGGAAACGCACCGGCAUUGCUGCCAUCUUUGUCGCACUGGGAUGUCUCAGCCAAGACGAGUUUGAGGAUGACGCACCCAACAAGGCGACACCUCCUGCCCACGCAGUCAAGGCCAGCAACACAACAAAGGUGGCAACUGGAGUGGCAGGUGCUACUGCUGCUGCCGCUGCCGGUGCUGCCGUUGUGGCAGCCCGGACUGACACCUCGGCCAAUGCCUCGGCGAGCAAGGACAAGGACGGCAACAGCGGCGCCCAAAAGGACGGUAGCGCCACUCCCAGUGGCAGCUCAGACGUCGUUGUCCGCCCUAGCGAGCCGACCACCGCCCCAUUGGAAGAGGUACGCCCCUCUCCAUCUGUCCCCAAACUCUCCUCUACUCCCAUCACCCCCUCUGGAAAUGGUCAGAUGCUGACCAACGACCAGACGGCAGGUCUCACGUCGAGCGCAGUUCAGGCCCCCGGCUCUGGAUCCGAGAUCGUUCACCAGCACACCCAACACUUGCAGCACCGCAACGACUCGGAGCACCACCUCGCUGGCGCCCACGCCGAUGCGAACCGCACUACAGACUCGGCAGGAUACACGGACCUGAGCGAAAGCGAGGGUGGUGACGUGGGCGACCAGACCGAGCUUCUUUACGGCGACGACGACUACGAGGACGAGGAGGACCGUCUGAUUGCCCAAGGUGGUAUCGGCAUUCCUCUUGACGAGAACGGAAACCCUGCACCGCUCUUGCCGCCCAUCUAUGACAUUGACACUGGUCGCAAAUGUCUCGUGCUCGACCUCGACGAGACCUUGUUGCACAGUAGCUUCAAAAUGCUCCCAUCCGCCGACUACAUUGUCCCCGUCGAAAUUGAGUCGCAAACCCACAAUGUCUAUGUCAUCAAGCGCCCCGGUGUCGACCACUUCCUGCAGGAGAUGGGCAAGAUUUACGAGAUUGUUGUCUUCACCGCCAGUCUGAGCAAGUAUGCCGACCCCGUUCUGGACAUGCUUGAUGUUGGCCGUGUCGUGCGUCACAGGCUGUUCCGCGAGAGUUGCUACAACCACAAGGGCAACUAUGUCAAGGACCUGUCGCAGCUCGGACGUCACAUCUCCACGAGCAUCAUCAUCGACAAUUCGCCUGCCUCAUACAUCUUCCACCCCAACAACGCAGUCCCGGUGUCGACAUGGUUCAACGACCCUCACGACACUGAGCUCACCGACCUGUGCCCCUUCCUUAGUGACCUCGCGACCGUUGAUGACGUCCGCGGUGUCCUUGACGGCGGCAUCUAA